AUGGAACUUCUCAAUCUCCACUCAGUGUUUGCCAUCAUUGAGGAAGCAAGCGAUUAUCGCUCAGGUUAUUCUUUUGUUGCUGUUGAAGUGAAAGUCAAGAAAUAAAACAAAACACUUAAUGUCAGGUCCCUCGGGAAACCAGUUAAAGGGGGUAAUUACAUGAGACCGGGACGAACUCGGACCGGUAUGAGUUCGUAUCGCUCUCCAUACAUUUCUUUUCAUGCGUUUACAUGGGACAGGUCUAAAAACGAACUCAGAGCGGUCUGACUUCGUGUCGGUCGCUGACCCGACACGAGGUAUUUUCGUACCGGUCUGAGACUGUACUUCUCAUGUAAAACGGAAACGAAUCUCAGACCGGGACGGUCCAUAAAUAGCAUGUUUCUUCGUAUGGCUCCAUCAUUUUUACUUUUUGUUAGCAAAAUAAGAACACUGCUAUGAAUUAUAACUGUAAACAAGACUUGGAAGUAGCUUCAAUUGAAUAUAUGCUUCGGUUAAUGUGAGGGAUUGCACCAUUUUGAGAUGCUGUGCAUUUAACAUGCCACCAGAUGAGCGUUAGAUAAAGUUUACAAUUUUUUAGGAACAGUAAAAUCUGCGGUUCUCUACUCACUGUCUUAAACCCCAUUUACGCGCGCUAAAAACAUCGGCACGGCAAACCAAAUUUUUGGCACCGUGCUGACGAUUUAAGGCACGGCACUCCCAAUUUUCGACGUGUAAACGUAUCGGUCCCAAAUGUAAUGUGGUACCAGUGCUUGCUCAAAAUUUUAGGGGUGCCGAGACUACCUUCCUCCUGGAGGUGGUGCCAGAAAUUUGGCGUGUCGUGCCGAUUAUUUUAGCGUGUGUAAAUGGGGUUUUAAUUGGCGUAAAUUGUGUACCAGUUAGGACAGUUAGUGAAUAAUAUGUUAAAUAAUCGACUUAAGAAAGUUAAAUAGCUCCAAGAAUCUCCUGUUUUUGAGUUUGUACCGGUCUCAUCUAAUCAACGAAGCGUUUCGUCCCGGUCUCAUGUAAUUACCCGCUUAGUUUUGUUUUCCCUCGAGUCCUGAUGUUUCCCUAGGGAUCUGGCAUUAAGUGUAUAUUGUUUUCCCAGCUAAUCAAAAACAACCUUUCAAAUAGGUGCGGGAUCGCCGAGUUCGUGUGUUGAUUGGUUAGUCCUAUUGUAAAUACGGCUCCCGACCAAUUUCUCGGAAACGCCAGAACACAGCAUCAAAAACGUUGGCAAAUAGCACGCGAUUUAUUUCACUCUCUCCUUUGAUAAAUAUUUCAUGUAAGGCUUGGGCUCAGUUCAUCGUAGAAACAAAUAGUCAAAAAACGGCAGGUUUCUCUUAUUAUCAUAAAAUUAUCUACGAUGCUUUUACUUUGCAUCAUUGUGAUUCCGGGUGUUAUAGGUAAGUUGCAAAAGACUUAAAAGAUUAGUUAAUCUUAGUCGUGUCUUAAUAAUUUGCCAUCUUAUUGAGUCGCUAGGAUGAACGAAUCUCUUUUAUAUUAUUUGGUUUACAUGGCGAAUGAAAGAACCGGGCGGAAAAAGUUAAGGUGCUUAUGUUCUUUUUUAAAUAACAGAGAAUUCUGACUGAAAUUCUCAUUUCUUUAAGGCUAACCUUUUAGAGAGCGUGUCUUAAACGGAAGUUUCGAUUCAGGUCUUUAUUCGUUCCAUUUAAUAAUCAUUUAAUGAUUCGAUGUGUUUUGCCUAAGCAUUUACUGCUAAGAAAGAAGGGAGAUUCGAGGGCAAACAGCAGCUGCAAAGUAACAUCGAAAAGUCGUAACGGAAGUAAGAGAACUGAAGUGGAAACUCAGGGAGCGCGCACGAUAAGUUUUUGCCAGGUGACAUUUUUGUUCGUUGUGUUUAUUCAAAUCUAUGUGUCUGACUUAGUCAACGAGAAAAACUAUUCCAAUCAGCGUUCAAAUCUUUCUUCAGUACACUUCAUUUAAUCCACAGCUUGAUUACUAUCAAUCGACGGCGUAAAUAUCGAAACUCAUGGGUCUCUUUCAGUUUCCUUACAACUUUUAACAUUGUAUGCUUUGUUUAUUCUUCCCGUUUUCCGGGAAAGCCUUCAAUAUUAAUCAGUUUGUGAUACGUAAGUGAAUUUUAAUCACCAGGAAGGUAAGGAAUCCUGGACGCGGAAUUCUGCAACAGGAAUACUGAACUGUCAGAGAUUUCGGAGCUUUGUGGGCCAGUUAAGGCGAACUAUCUGCCUGGAUUUGCCAGCAAAAAUGUGUCUGCUCUAAAGACUUUGCUCGAGGCUCUCGUCUUGUCCAAAGUAGCCAUUAUAAAAACAAAAGGUGCACCACCUCAUUCAUCAUUUCCUCCCUCUCCUUUUCCUGUUCUGGUGUGAUUUCCGGGUUUCUCGGACCCCUUACAGUCAAAGCACUGGUCAAGCGUAUCCCCCAUUAGAUUAUAAAAUUCCGAAAAUAAGCCCCGAGGCUUAUAUUUUUUAAAGGCCCUUUUUGAGGGGCUUAUUCUUGGAGGGGCUUAUAUUCGAAGGGGCUUAUCUACGGAGAGAAAUUUGCGUUUCAAAAUCAGUUGGGUUAGCCUUGUAGUUGGAAGGAAAUUUACCGUUUUUUCUUUGUUUUAAUUUGUAUUUGAGGGCAGUUUCCAAGUACAAGCCCCCGGGGGUGCUUACAUUUGGAGGGGCGAUUUAACGGAGGGUUUUUUGCGUUACGAGUUUGGGGAGCUUAUAUUUGGAGGGGCUUAUACAUGGAGGGGCUUAUUUUCGGAAUUUUACGGUCUUUGAAAAAUGAUCCGUUAGUCGUUCUGUAACUGGCGUUAAAUUCAAAUCGGCAUUCCUGCAUGCGUAACGAGCAGUGAAUAUUUCAACGAGAACUUCUCUAUAUUUGGUCAGAUUGAAAAUCUUUGAAUGGAAAAUUGCUUUGAAGACACUUACAUCAAAUUCAGGGAAACUGAGCUGGUAGUUCAUAACUGAUUCGCGUGUGGAUUCACGGCUCAUUGCGCACUCAGGAAUGCAGAGAGGAAUCUGAAAUCUACAACUACCAACGGAUUCAACUUUCGAAUAAUAAAUUCAUUAAUGAAAUAUUAAGGGCAUAUGAUAGAACAUGAACUGGACGACUGGCUUAGCAAAACAUGGACUGGAUUGAUAAAGCAUGGAUUAAUAAAACAUGGAUUGAAUAAAAGAUGUAUUAAUAAAACAUGCAUUAAUAAAACGUGGAUUGAUAAAACAUGGAUUUAUGACCAAAUGAGAAAAGGGGUUUUUCCUAUGUUUUAUAUGAACUGAAUAUGACAAACAUGACUUAGGUACGGAUGUUUCAGUAGCUCUUGCUUUUCGUCACGCAACAUUUCCCUUUCGGAAAUGAAAUUAAAUGAGACGAGUUAUAUUUUAUCUCUCAGUUACUUUUUAUCAAAAGGGUCAUUUCAUUUUGUCAACAAUAAAAGUAUUUCGUAUAAAAUAGACGGUUGCAUUAUUCAAACUGUCAAAGACCAUGGAAAAGUUUGCCUUUUCACCAUUUCUUCGUCCAUAAUACCGGUGUAGUAUCGAGGCCAGAAAUAAGCGUUGACAGGCCAAACACGACUCUUGAUAAUGUGAAACGUGGCCUAAGAGUUUGCUUGAACAAACAGAGGUUUUUCUUCUUUUCUGUUCGCGCGAAGGUUACUAGCACUACACAGUGCAUGAAGCAUUCUAAACUUUGACUGAGUAAAUCUUGUUUUUGCCUUAAUAAGUCUUACAUUUAGAGGUCAUGAAGCAGGUUUUUUACAUGCAUUCCCCGGAGGGUACUCAACAAAUGCUUAUACGGGGAGGCUCCGCCCAAAGGUCCAAAAAUUACCCCUUACCCUUUUAUAUACAAAUUUUCUCAUGAAAAAGGUACCCCUUUCGUAUACCUUCUAUUGACAAAUGGUACCCUUUUCACAUACCUUGUUUAGAACUUUUCAUCUCUUUUAACCGCUGUAAAUGCACUGUCUUUUGAAGAAUCAAUCACAAAAAUAGAACUUUUUCUCGGCUUGUUAAAGCCAUAAAAUUCAUCUGUUAGCCCUUUUGGGCCCUUUUACAAGCCCAAAUGACAGAUUUCCCUACCCUUUUUAUAUACUUCAACUACUGAAAUCCCUACCCUUUCAUAUAUCUGAAGCCUGAAAAAGGCAUACAUACUGAGUAAUCAUUUCCUGUGGUUUUAUGUUUCUAUAGGUGUUCUUCAUAGGAUUUGAUCGAAGAUGCAGUUGUUAAGUACUAAUUUUCUUUGACCUCUGUUAAAGCCUAAAGCUUUAAUUUAUUACGGCUAAAUAAGGAUUUUAGUUUCUUGGUUUUCUCCGUAAGUGUCGCUUUGUCCGCGUUGUGAUGUGUUUUCUUUAAGGUGAAAAACGCUUGUUUUGGGCUGAACCGGGCAUGAUAGUAUCUGACUAGGUUGCAGUGGUGCGAGGUCACUUACAUGUCCUAGUGAGUAAGAGAGUGUGAGAGUGUCUUUUAUCAAUCCAUUAUUUUAUUUAACCAGUCCACGUUCAGUAUCAAUCCAGUCCAGUCCAUGCUUUAUCAUAUGCCAAUCUUGGAGGGUACGCUUGACCUGGCUUGACUGUAAAACUUACGUUUUAUCCUUAUUUGGUCAAAUAGCUGCUUUUAUGAAAUUCAUCUAGUAUAUACUCGUCAAAGAAAAGGAGAAGAGAGUGGAUUAGUAGUUGACCCAUAUUUUCUAUUUUCUGGGAGAUCCCGCAAUCCGCCUGUCAUCUCUUGAACAGCUCCUGGCUAUGUUGAUAAAAUGUCCUCGUCAUGAUAAUAAAACUUGUAGAGUUUGGAAGACGCCAGAAGGUGUUUACGUCACUUAAAAAAAAGGAGGGGAAGAGAAAAAAAGCAAUGGUCGCACUCUUUGUUUCAGAUCAUAUGAAACAGAACUUUUAGAGAAAGUCAAGAGGUUUGGUGGGUUGCACUAAGAUCACGUUUUGAAGUUAAAAACGAUCACUUCCCCCGUCUUCCGAGAUCUGAAUUGAGUUAAAAUAAAAGAUUAUCGCUAUCUACAAGCCUGGAUUUGCCGGCCCACUCCCGGGGUGCCAAAGCCGCCAGUUAUCGCCAGUGCAACACAAUUUUUUAAAUACAUGACAAUUCAGCCUGAUGCGAGGUCAAUUUUCAAAUGAAUGAAGCCCGGGGGAGGUACUUUAAGAAUUUCUGGGUGGGGAUGUGCCGCUGGGACCCUGGAACCCUUAACCUAUACCAGAGCUAGUUCAGCUGAAUUUUGCUACCCUAUACUAGAGGAGAAUGAAGCAAAUGAAUCACUCUUUCAGCUUCACAUCAAGAACAGCGUCCAAGGAUCAUUUCAGGACCAAGCCAUCCCAUAAUUGGAAAAAAGCAAGGAAACUUAACAUUUGACUGGACUUUCAAACUCUUGCCUGGGAGGACCUGGAUCGAGAGCGUGGAACAUGUGGCUUUCGGGUUCUGGAAACCACCAGGAUAUCUGAAGACAAAGCUCAUAGUUAUCGGUAAAAAUGGGGAAGUAAUGAUUCGACAAAACCAGCAGAGCAAAAUAAGCUGCGCAUUCAACAUGUCUCUUCUGCAAGUGGCAUUUACGGUUCAUGAUUUAGGCAUGGGUGACGAGAACGAAUACGGUCUUCACGUUGAGCUUGGCUUGGCGCGGAAGCCCUUAAUUGACGUUGUUACGCUUCUCUUGGAGGGUAAUAUUAUUAAUAGUAUUACAGCAUACACUGCUUUUUAAUAGUAGUUUCAGCUAGCGCUGUUAAAACUUGUUCUAUUUUUCUAGAUUUUUUAUUUAAUUUGUGCAUGGUAUACCUUGAAGGCAGUAGGUCGGCUGUUUUUUGGCUCGACUUUGGCUUCUGGGAUUGACAUGCAGGGCGAUUAGUUAUCCCUAAUAUAAUGAGCAAAUCAUUUUAUCAGUUGUGCGAGGCUAUAUUCGUAUUCUUCAAGGUUUUAACAGGCAAAAGUGAUCUUUUCGAUGGUAAAAAGAUGAUUUUCAAAUCGAAUACGGUGACUCCCAUUUUGAUACACUUUUGGACUUUCUGAAAUGACUGUUGACCGUGCCAAUCUGUUUAAUUUUGAAUCGCUGCUUUUUUUGAAAAUUUGAGGUGGCUUUUUCUUCUUGGCCAAAUAUGUUUACACUGAUUACACGUUUCUAACUGACAGACCCACCCAAAAUUGUCAGACCUCCGAAAAGGAAUAUUUCUUUGAGGACUGGAGACGAACUAUCGUUGAACUGCAAGGCCACUGGACUUCCGCGUCCACAGGUCACGUGGGAACGAUUUGGAAGGGUUGUGAAAAACCACUCUAUACUGUUAGGACGAGUGAACAAAAAUGACAGUGGACUGUACCUAUGCAAAGCUAAAAGUUCUGCUGGGGAGGACAGCAUGAAGAUUUUUGUUAGAGUCGAGGAUAAAGAGAAACCAACAGUAGCAACAGGUGAGGAGAGCUGGUGACACGAGUUGUAUAGAUUGUACCCGUAGAAGACACUAAUAUAUUCUAUUUUAAUCUGCUAUUUUUAGCUAUGCAGUCGAGUUUAACAAAUUAGUCACUAUAUUUACAGUUCACACUUGGAUUUUUAUCAUCAGGGCAUUAGUGAGGAUAUAAACGUCCUGAUAGACAUGAACAUGGGACUUAUGGGGGAGGCGGGGGGGAGCAGGUGUGACCGGCUCGUGAGGUAUCUUUGUCAGGUUUUUCCUUGACUUUUUCAAAACUCCUUUAAGGAAGUAAAACUGUUUUAAAAGUACCCAGUUUGAAAAUUAAUAUCAUCUAUAUUACAGUACUUCUUGUAAUGAAAAUCACACAUAUCUAUUCAGCAAAGGCUAAACUUUCAGAAAAUUAACUAAUUAAUGAGGUGUCAAUUAUUACUCUUUUUAAUUGUUUUAGAGGCUAUGUCCCGAAAACUAAAGCAUUCCACUGGAUUUCAGACUAGACAACACUUUUGAGUUUUAUUUUCACUCCACUAAACAACAGCAACAGACAUAAUAUCAAAGGAUAUAAGUUUAUUUAGGUAGGGCUUUGUGAGAACCAACUCUGCAAUGUACUGACGUGUAUACGUUAACACAGCAAUCAGAAAAAUAGCUAAUGUACGACACUCGUAUUUUUGCUUUCACAAAAAACUGCUACGACCGGCCAAUCUCGACCUGUACCCCCAAUUAAGCAAACAGGCCCUGUGCUAGUUAGGCCACCAUUUAGGCUGAGGGAAAUAGAUGACUGGGAGAGGGAACACUGUAGGAACUCAGACGCUGAGGGUCAGAAAAACUGGGAAUCUAUCUUUAACAUAGCGGGCUCAUCUUCACUAAUGUACCCAACAACUGGAGGCACGUAGGCCAAUAUUGAGGUUACCAGAAAAGGCUAGGGCACAACAUCUAGGUAAACAGAUGGCCAACGAUCCUGGCUAAAGGUCUGCAACAUUGCCAAUCUAAUGGCGUCAAUCUUGACUUAUGUGGCCACCUAAGGAGCAGUUCCGGGGUAGCUGACAGAAGCGUACAUAGAAACUACAUAUUAAAUAAGUUAAGAAACAGGUACAAAACUGUAAUAACCGUAAAAAUACGUAAGAUAAGAAACGGACAAAGUGCUGAAAACUAGUAGAGCUGAGCUGCUGGUUACAACUUAAAUAAAUUCGGUCAGACAGAGGCCAGAAAAAACCCGAACGGAAAAAAUGUGGGCAGUAAAUCUAGGAGGGAAACAAGGAUUAAGCCCAGAGUCCUUUCUACGGAACUUUACAAGAUAAUCGAGAAUAUGCCCGGCGCCUAAAAUGAAACAAAAGAGCUAGAAACCAAGGAAAGGUUGGUUCAGAAGCCUAGAUGACGAACAAGUGAAAUACGCAGCCUUAUACAUACCCCCGCAUAGCUUGGUAUGGAUACCCGUGGUGCCACUGGCCUAGCACCCAGACCCUGUUUUAUGUCGUGCCGUCAAAAUAUUUAUUUCCGCCUUCUUCGUGGGCUAAUUCGUCAAAAAUAGCACAGCUUUAUCAUCAAUACUAUACUAUCAAUCCCUAUAAUUAAAAGAAAUUGGUAGUUUCUUGAAAGACACUGAACAAUACCCACACCACGACAAAAUCGCCAACCUACAAUAGUCUUGCCAAAACGAAAGAAUUAACACCCAAGAAAUUGCAAUCAGAACGAGGAAAUUUAUAUGUUACUGCCAUUCCCAGCUUUUUUCUCGCUAGAAGACUGUAAGCAGCUAAAACAAACAAAUUUUAAGCACUUUUAUACUGGUUUUUAACGAUGGUUUAAAACACUUCGGACCAUCAAUACCUAAACCAUCUGCACUCAUUUUCAUGCAUAUUACUUCUUGUAAUCGGAAGAAACGGGUCGCCUUUGUUAUUACUAAUUCAAUUUAGUAAGCAAUCUGCACAAAAAAUCCCUCCCAAACUUCAUAAAAUUCUGCAGUAUUGAUUAGGGUUCCUAUCUAUCUCAAAUUAGUCUUAUCACAGAAUUGGGAAUAAUCCCGUGUGGUGUACUACGUUAAAAAUGCGUCGUUUUCUUAUUUCAGUUUCUGUUUCUGGUGCAACGAUACCGCAAGAUAAAAGCCCUGAGUGGAGGACAGUCAUAUUGGUUGGGAGCUUAUCAGGAUUAAUUGUUUUGGUAUCACUGGCGGUAUUCACCUUUUAUUGCAGGCGGUGCAGACGAUCAAGAAAAAGCAACGCCUAUGACUCUUUGCAGGAAAAUACAACAGGAACAACUAUUUAAAUAUACAACAUUUCUCUCACCCUUCACCAGCAUUAGUCGAUUUAAUUAAGGACAACAUCUGCUAUUGUCAACAAUGAAACACCUACAGUCAAAACUCUUGCAAAUGAAAAGCUUAAGAAUUCAUAAAGUGGUCGCAGCUAGAGCUGGUCGUUUCCAAGCGUGGGCUCUAGACCAUUAAUUAUCAAUACAUUCAGCCAAAAAUAAUAUUCAGCUAUCCCCUGAGCGAGAGGUCAAUAGUGGUGGAAAUAUCGUGGUCACAUAUCUAGCGCUAUGAACUUACCCCGAGGGGGAUAAUUGUUUUAGUAUUAACCAAAUCAGUUGGAUAAAAAUCAAAAAGGAACUUUCUAUAAAUAAAACACGUCACUUUGUUAGAGUUUGGUUACGUUUCAAUUGACAGUGUUUUGGGGAUCAUUUUUUUUAUGAUUUUGUUGCAAACUCAGUAAGAAUUUUUUUCUGGCAACCAGUAAACACCGACAAGCCAAAUUUUGUCUCUUUCUUGGUAUUUGUUGGUUCGGGUGCUUGAUUUACCGCUAAAAUUUUAUCUUUCAAAGCCUUCCAAAAACAGUGAAUAUCCAAGGAUAUUCAGAGUUACGGGAGCCAAUCAGAACGCCCGAAAAUUGUUGUCCACUGAUUUGGUGAAUACUAAUAUUAGAUAGUUUCAUUGCCAUAUGUGUAUGGCAAAACACCACACAAGCGUCUGCCUGGGCCCCCCUCCCCACUGUGGCUUUUAAUUGCACCCCAUAUUAUUUUUUAAAGUGUAAAAAACCUUAUUCGAUCCUCUGACUAGCUAGAAUUCAUUUACAGCGUAGCUUUCAGUAAGUAUAGCAUAAUCUUAGUACGUAUAAAAUAAAAUGCCGUCCGUUUUAAGGGCCCAAAACUGCUGUAGCCUCAAAGCUUUGUUGUCUUGCGAAAAGAUGUGAUCAUCAUGUCACGAGCGCGGGACAAUGAAAAAAAUCUGUGUAAGUCCCCGAUAUGUCGUACAUGAACCUUGUGUAUAGCCUCGCCGCAGAUAACCUGCGUCGCAGACGCUCUAAACCUUCCAUAUAGAGCGAAUUAGUGCACAAUAUCGUUCGAGUGCCGUAGAGUCGCAAGGACAUACGGCGGCGUUAGUGAUUGGCUAGUUUCUUCCACAGUUUGUGAUUAGUCCGAUUUGAAUUGGGUGUUGACAGGCCAAACAUGACUCAAAGCUCGUGACAAGAGAGAUUGAGCUCGUAAUAGUGUGAAACGUGACCUUAGAGUAGCUUGAACAACAGAUGUUUUUCUUGCUCUCUUUUUGCGUAAUUUAUACAGUGCGUGGAGUAUUCUACAAUUUGACUGAGCAAAUUUUUUUGCCGCUUUCAGUCUCACAUCUAGCUACAUUUAGAGAUUUAGAUUUAUCUAGAUUUACAUUGUGAAGCUGGUCUGUUCCCUGCAUAUUGAGUAAUUAGUUCCUGUGGUUUAUUUUUUGGCAAAUGUUUUCUGAGAGGAUUUGAUCACAGAUGCAUAAAUGAUUUUCUUUUACCUCUGUUUAAGCCUUAAGCUUUUUUAUUGCGGCUAAAUAACCUUAGUUUCUUUGGUUUUCAACGAAAUGUCUGGACCUGAAUAGCUACAUAUGUGUAGUUUUUUUUUUUUAUUUUUAUCGUGAAUAUCAUGAUUUCCAGAUUUGUUUUGACUCUACAACUGUCGGUAGUGCAUCUGCAGCGAUUGGAAGACGUUGGAAAACCAGCCGGCCUUGAAGUUAUUAACUUUAAACCUUAUUUUUGUACAGAAGACGGCUUUAAAGUUUGAACCGCUCUUUCAUUGUUUACUGUAAACGAAAGCGGGGAAUUUCAUAUAUCCCAUGAUGCAUCGCUUCAUACUAUAUUAUCAGCUUCCGAAGGCACGUGCUCCUAUCAGUUCAACAGGGACGUGAAAUUUUAGCCAGCGUAGCAGGGGUUGAAAGGGGUAGCAGGCUAUGACAGUUGAGCAACGGUGGAAAGCCACUCAGUUUUGCCGAUAAAACUUUCGUACCUUCGCUGUGUCGAUCUAUUUACAUUUUACUUUUACUCUUCCAAAUGUAUCUCUUGUGAAGUCAAAGAGAGUGUUUUGGCCGCCGACUAUGAGUUAACUAGCCUUACGAUAGCAAGGCAGUCCACGCAAAUGUUCUUAGAAGCUAACGAGGAAGGUCUUUGCUUCAGUACGUCCUGUUUUAACGUGCGUUGAUAAAGCUCUCCAUGGGUUCAUAAGCGAUUUCCACGUACUUGUCUUGAAAUAAAUACAUAUUCUAGGUGUGAGAUUUCUCUUCUUUG